AUGUGCUCCUCGGGCUCCAGAACGAGGUCUGACAAGUCCGGUUUCGUGUGUAGAAGUCUUUCCGCUCUGGAUCCGGUUGGACUGAUGCUCCUAGGCUACUGCCCCCUCUCCAGCCGUUGGAAAAGCACGCAGACAGAUAUACGGGGGCUAAGCAGAGGAAAGAGUAAUUGCCCUUCGUUUUUGGCUGCUGCCUUAGCUAGAGCAACCUCAGACGAAGUCCUUCAGAGCGACCUCUCGGCACACUACCUACCAAAGCACGCGGACAGCGCGGAUGGGAUCAUACAGAUAGAGACAGUGAAGCUGGCCCGCCUAGUUUUUAGCAAACUGCAUGAGAUCUGCAGCAACUGGGUGAAAGACUUUCCACUCCAGCCAAAGCCCCACCGCUACUAUGAGACGUCCAUCCACGCCAUCAAGAAUAUGCGCAGGAAGAUGGAAGACAAGCACGUCUGCAUCCCAGACUUCAACAUGCUCUUCAACCUGGAGGACCAAGAAGAGCAAGCUUAUUUUGCAGUGUUUGAUGGCCAUGGGGGAGUGGACGCUGCCAUCUAUGCCUCCAUCCAUCUCCACGUGAACAUGGUGCAUCAGGAGAUGUUUCAGCAUGACCCCGCAGAGGCCCUGUGCCGAGCUUUCCGCGUGACCGACGAGCGCUUUGUCCAGAAGGCAGCCAGAGAGAGUCUGCGUUGCGGAACCACUGGGGUGGUGACUUUCAUCCGAGGAAAUAUGCUGCACGUGGCUUGGCUUGGGGACUCCCAGGUUAUGCUCGUGAGGAGAGGCCAAGCAGUGGAACUGAUGAAACCCCACAAACCAGAUCGAGAGGAUGAGAAGAAGCGCAUCGAGGCACUUGGUGGCUGCGUGGUCUGGUUUGGAGCCUGGAGGGUGAACGGGAGCCUGUCAGUCUCCAGGGCUAUCGGGGAUGCCGAGCACAAGCCAUACAUCUGUGGGGAUGCAGACUCUGCCUCCACUGAACUAGAUGGCUCGGAAGACUACCUCAUUUUAGCCUGCGAUGGCUUCUAUGACACAGUCAAUCCCGACGAGGCAGUCAAAGUGGUGGCUGACCAUCUGAAGGAGAAUAACGGCGACAGCAGCAUGGUAGCACAUAAAUUAGUGGCGUCUGCUCGGGAUGCCGGUUCCAGCGACAACAUCACUGUCAUUGUGGUAUUUCUCAGGGACAUGAACGCAGCAGUCAACGUGAGCGAGGAGUCGGACUGGACAGAGAACUCUUUUCAAGGUGGGCAAGAAGACAGUGGGGAAGACAAGGAAAACCACGGAGACUGCAAACGACCGUGGCCCCAGCACCAGUGCUCAGCACCUGCAGACCUAGGGUAUGACGGACGAGUGGAUUCCUUCACCGACAGAACUAGCUUAAGCAUAGGGUCCAGCGUUAACCUCUUUGAUGAUCAAGGCUACUUAGACCUGACAAAACCAGAAACUAGUACACCUCAGAGUGCCAGAAGUCUGCCGCCCGUUCAAGCGUUUAGUCCCGGCAUACCAAAGAGCGUGGAUUUGAUCGACGGCCUAGGAGUGAAGAAGGAGUCACCGGAGUGCACCACGUCAUCGAUCUGCGGACAGAGCGGUCCCCGGGAGUGCGACCCUCCUCUUCGCUUGGGUGCUGCAGGGCAGAGCGUCUGCAGGGUGAAGGGUUUAUCCCCCGUCUUCUUUGGGCUGGAAGAUGAACUGUUCGCAUCCUUGGGAAAACGAGCUGCGUUCUUUCGCUCCCCGCUCUGUAACGGGAAGAGGCAACGAGGAGCCAGGCUCAAACCAAAGCUGCACACGCCGCUCUCGGCUCGUGAGCCUUCCCGUAGAGAAGGAUCGAGUCUGUCCUUCCCGCUGCGGGGCCGCAGUAGCAGGAGGCUGUCGUUUGCUGGGGGUGCCACCCCGAGCAAUGCCGCAGCCACCCACGAGCCACAUUCACCAGGGAAAGCCGAGGAGCCGGUUGACGUGAGUCGCCGCGGGCAGGAAAUCAGACGCCACAGAGAGCGGGCCCGCCCCAGGCGCGUCUGCGGAGCGAUGCGGACAGCAAGGGUCUGGUGUAGAACUGCCACGUUUCUGUAG